AUGGCAAGUGGGGAUUUGCUCCUUGAGCUAAAGGACCUGGAACAAUACGACAAACUUUCACACCUUGUAGCGUUUGGCAACAUUCCCGUCUCGAGAACAUCCUUCGCCGAAGUGGUGCAACGAGGGGCAGCACCACAACGGCCCCUGGCGGUAGCCCGGACCACGCGUAGCGUGCCCAGGCUAACGCCACUUGCCCCUACGGUGGGAGCAGCCAGUGCUGCCCUGCCCACUCCCAAUCAGUCCACACCAGUGGCCUCGGCAGGCUCUGGCAGCAGCCGGGGCAACGAAGAGGCCAAGGGGGUCCCAUCGACCUCCGGCUUGGUGGGGGCCAAGGCUUCGUCAACCGUGGCGAAGCCUACACUAAGCAAACACCGCUCGGUAGAGCGACUGUCUGUCGCCCCUCCAGAGGCGAUGGACAUUACUGGUCCACCGGCGCAGGCAGCGCCGAAGGAGCGCGAGCCGCUGGCUGUGGCGCCCGCCCCCGUGGUGGCAGUAGCUAAGGCUGCUCCACCGACUCAGUUACAGAGUCCCGCGACUCCAGGUUCGUCGGGCCUCAAGACCACGCCUCGCGAGGCUAGGUCUGAAGCACGGACUGUCAGCCUGCGUGCGCGGGCGUCCAGCGCCUCGCGGGAGGCAAUGGACACAACACCGGCACCUCUGGCGCCUAAAGACCGGCGCAGCUCUAUCGAGCGCGCCCCGAAAGGGAAGCAGAAAAUCCAGUGUCCAGAAAAGGACUCUUGA